AUGAGACACCGAGAAUGGAGAAGACUGUUCAAGAAAAGACGGCGUAAAGCGAUACGGCAAAAGGCCGCACAAGCUCAAGCAAGGCUGGAAGAUGAAGAGGAAGAACGAAAAUUGGCAUGUCCGGAGUAUCAGUCGUAUCUUGUCGAAAAGGAACGCCAAGAAAAAAUCGCCACAGACCGAAAAGCACUAGAACAUGCACUUCAGAAUGCGAUAUGGCUUGAAGAGGAACAUAAAGCACAGCUAAAAUUCGAGUCAUUGCGCAGGAAAGAGCAAGCUAAAGAGCGAGAAGAACAGGAGAAAAGGGAAAAGAUACGGAAAGAAUUCGAAGAUCGGGAAUGUAAACUUAAACAAGCCAAAGCAGAUCGUUUGGAGCAGCAAGAACUCGUGCGUCGAAUGCUGUAUGAGCGGCAUGUGAAAUUGCAAGAAUUUGCUGCCACCGGAGUUGAUGAAUACCUCCAAGAACUACAGAGCAUACACAACACACGGAGCGAUGCUGAAGAUUGUAAGUUCUUCCUAAAAACAGGCGCAUGUCGACAUGGGUAUCGAUGUAGUGGAAAUCAUCCCACACCUGGGGUGGGCAAGGUCAUCUUGAUUGCAAGCUUCUUCAGCCAUCCGGCCCUGGAACAGAAAGUACAUGCGGAGUACGGCCAAGACGUCCGCCUCGAGUUCGAUGAGGAUGAUUUGCAGAAUUGUUAUAAUGAAUUUUUCCGGGACAUAAUUGAGGAGUUUGAAGCGUUUGGUAAAAUCCAACAUAUCCUUGCUUGCAGAAAUGCUGGAACACACUUAAGGGGGAGUGUGUACAUAGAGUAUGAACUAUUAAGGAAUGCAGCUGCCGCGUAUUUGCGAAUGAAUGGAAGGUUUUACGCCAAAAAACAACUUCACGUGGAGUUCAGGAGUCCAAUCGUCUGGCCGGCAGCGGUGUGCGGGCUUUUCGAGCUUAAGCGGUGUCAUAAAGGAGCCGGAUGUAAUUUUCUGCACAUCCUUAAGAAUCCGGACCACCGUUAUGUGUACAACCAUUUCCAAGAGUGCAGAUCAAUGCGGAAAGAAGAAAUUCUACACGUAGCUACGCCGCUAGUUGAAAAGACGUGGGAUGAAAUAACGUCCAACGGUGGACAAUCCUCGAGGAAAGCUCCCCAAUGGCGAUGGUCUGAAUCACCGGAGUUGGAAGAUGAAAAAUCAGAUCCUAACAGACAUGAAGCAAGGGUUCGGCAUGACGGUGAUGGAAAAAGCAAAAAGUCUUCUCACCAAUCUCGCGAAAGACCGAGCUGCAGUUCAAAACGACACCAAAGUCAUAAAAAUCGUAGUCCUAGUAGUACGCCCAAACACAAUCGCAGUCGAACUCGGAGUCGUAAUCGCAGUCAGAGCCGGAAUCGGAAGCAUAAUUUCAGGGAUAAACAACUGCGGGAACACACAUCGAGACAUAGAUAUUUUGAAGAUAACAAUCACAAACGUGACCGACGAAGUUCACCACGACGAAAGUCGAAAGAAGGACUGAAUCCUUCAGAUCGAAAGAGGACACAUAAAAGAAAUAAAAAAGAAAAGGCCUAG